GCCAGUACUGUAGGGGGCGCUAAUGCCAAACACCUCCAAGUAAUAAACUCCAGCAUGCGAAGAAGAAGAAGAAGACGCAGCAGUACGUAAUACGUCAUUUCCGUUUGUAGGUUGAAUGGCGCAGAGGGAAUAGCAACCAAAACAUCCAGAAUGUCCAAAAGGAAAGUCACAUUUCAAGAUGGUGAUGAGGAGUUUAGUUUGGAUGACGAGGUACCGAAAAAGAAGAUGUAUGAUGAGGUGAGUGGACCCGGCUCGAGGUUUAAGGAGAAACACUCUCUGGACAGUGAUGAGGAGGACGAGGGAGAGGAUGGAGAGAAGGACAGUAAAUACAACAUCCUGGCCAGCGACGAUAUCGAAGGUCAGGAAAUGGCCACGAUCGACUGUGAUGAAGGAGUUCCCAUCACACCUUUCAACCUGAAAGAAGAAAUGGAGGAGGGUCACUUUGACUCGGAGGGAAACUACUUCAUCAAGAAAGAGAAAGACAUCAGAGACAACUGGCUGGACAACAUCGACUGGGUAAAAAUCAAAGAGCAGCCGGUGAAAAAGAAAAAGAAGGGACUCUCGGCUAAGCGUCGUCGCCGACCCGGAGAUGAGGACGAGGCUGAGGAGGAGAGACAGAGGGAGGAGAAACAGGAUGAGAACGAGGAAGAAGAUGAGGAAGAGGAGGAGAGCGAGGCUCAGGAAGACCCGCUGGCUUCGUUCACACUGUAUCAGCUCAAGGAGGCCGUGGUGAACCUGCUGCAGCCUGGAGAGACCGUCUCUGCCGCGCUCCGCCGACUCGGAGGACUGGGAGGACGGAAGAAAAAGGGACGAGCGCGGGACGGAGGGGAGGAUGAGAAAGACGAGACGUCGAUCAGAGACACGGAGAAGCUGGACAGGCUCACGGCGCUGGCCGACAGACUGGUGGUACUCGGAGAAUACGAGAUUUAUCAGCAGACUUAUGAAAAACUGGCGUACAGGCUGAAAGGCAUGCAGCAGCCUGAAAGAGACGCAGCGGCCAAACAGAACGAGGAGGAAGAGGACGAGCUUGACAUGUUCGCUGAUCAGUUUGACGAGCAGCACGGCAAGAAGAAAGAUGAGAAGAAGAAGGACGAGGAAGCAGAUAGUGGCUUAGUGAGCGAUGAAGUGAUGUGGGAGUACAAAUGGGAAAACAAGGAGAACUCUGAACUCUACGGACCCUUCAGCAGCCAGCAGAUGCAGGACUGGGUCGAUCAGGGCUACUUUAAAGACGGCGUGUACUGCAGACGGGUCGAUCAGGAGGGCGCGCAGUUCUACAACUCCAAAAGACUGGACUUCGAGCUUUAUACGUGACUCGCUCACGUCCUCCGUUACUUCAUUUUCAACACUUGCAGUGCAUUUUUAAUGUGAGAUUUAUUCCCCCUUAUCUGCAUUUGUUUUAUGUGUGUGUGUGGGUUUUUUUUGCUGAUAUCCAUGUGUAUUAAACAGCCAGAUUAAAUGUUUGCUAUCAUCACACCAUUUGAUACCAUGUACAUUUGUUUUAAAAUAAAGAUUUUGGUGGCUGGCCAGA